AUGGAGGUCGAUGAAAGUACUUCUCCCACCACCGAUGAGAUCAGCCAAGGCACCGUGUCCGUGCUUUUGCAUCCAAUCGUUGUCCUAAGCAUAUCUGAGCAUUGGAUGCGAGCAAAACUAGCGGAAGAUUCUUCGAUACCCCAAGUUUUCGGUGCCCUUUUGGGCAAGCAGAAUGGCCGCACCGUCGAAGUCAUGUCGUCCUUCGAACUAGUUGUUAGUGCCGAGAGGACGGUCGACAUUGAAUUUUUUAAUAACCGUGAGUCCCAAUCUAAACAAAUAUUUGCGGAUCUCGAUCUGGUCGGUUGGUAUACUACUGGCAAAUCAAUCAACGAAGAGGAUAAGCUCUUCCAUUACCAAAUGCAAGAAAUCACUGAAGCGCUCCUCAUUGUGAAGUUGGACCCGCUUGAUAAACUCGGCGAACAACUGCCGGUGCGCGUUUACGAGUCGGUUGUCGAUAAUGAUGCUCGUUUCCUAUUCAAGCGAGUAAGUAUUUGAGUCGGCAACUAUACCAUCCACAAGUUCUUUGUAACCAUAUUUUUCUCCUUUGACACUCUGCCGGCUGGUGUGAAACGAAACUGUUAUGCCGUGCGUCAAUCUUCGUAA